CCUACGACGGUACAGUAAACACAAUCAGAUAACCUCAUUUUACGUUUUGUAUACAAUUCAUUGUAAAUAUUUAUAAAUUUAUUGAUAGUUGAUAUAAAACCACGAAUACAAUAGUUGUGCUCGAAAUGUCAAUUUAAUUGAACUGUUAAGACAAUUAAAAUUGAACAAAAAUCAGACACACAUAAACGUUUAACCCAUUAUGGGCAGUGAUAAGAAACGCCGAUCUCGUAGCAGGGAACGAGUAGAUCGCGAACGUGAUAGGGAUAAAAGAUCCAAGCGAUCCAGAUCUCGUAGCAAAGAGCGCGGUCACAAGAAGCAUAGGUCUCGUUCGAGAGAUCGCGACGCCAAAUACGACAGCAAGCAGGACAGUCGUUAUGAUAAUUACAAAUACAUGAAGGAAGAGAGGGAGAAGAAGGUUAAAGAUAAACGCAAAUCUUCCAGUCCCGAAAUCGAGGAGAUAAAGCCAGAGGUACAGCCAGAGUUAAAGCAGGAACCGGCUCCUAAAAGAGAACCGCUUUCUUUGGAAGAGCUGUUGGCGAAGAAAAAAGCCGAGGAAGCGGCCAAAAGCAAGCCUGUGUUUCUAACCAAAGCACAAAGGGCAGAGGAGGCUUUGAAACGCAGACAAGAAGAAAUUGAUAAAUUACGUAAACAACAAGAGGAAGAACGAAAGAUUAUUCAGCAAGCAAAAGCUUCUCGUCAAGAGGAAGUUAUUGAUUACGAAACGAGACGGGGUCGGGAGAGAGCGGCCGCUAAAGAGGAAGAAAAGCAGAAGGAUAAAGAUAGAGAACGUGAAUCGGACGCGAUUAAGGAACGGUAUUUGGGUCUAGUUAAGAAAAAGCGCAGAGUAAGAAGAUUAAACGAUCGUAAGUUUGUGUUCGAUUGGGAUGCAGGGGAGGAUACGUCAACGGAUUACAAUGGUCUGUACAAGGAGAGGCAUCAGGUGCAGUUUUUCGGACGGGGUAAUUUGGCCGGCAUAGACAUUAAAGCGCAAAAACGGGAUCAGAGCAAAUUUUAUGGCGAACUGCUGGAGAAACGUCGAACCGAAGCGGAAAAGGCUCAAGAAAAGAUGCGACUUAAAAAGGUCCGUCGAAAGGAGGAGAAGCAACUGUGGGACGACCGACAUUGGUCUGAAAAGGAGGUUUUGGAAAUGACCGAGCGGGAUUGGCGAAUCUUUCGAGAGGAUUACAAUAUUACAAUUAAAGGUGGUAAGAUUCCGGAACCAAUUCGGAAUUGGGUCGAGUCUGGAAUACAAAAGGAGCUGUUGGAGAUCGUCGAUAAAGUUGGAUACAAAGAGCCUACUCCGAUUCAAAGACAGGCCAUACCCAUUGGAAUGCAAAACAGAGACAUAAUUGGGGUUGCUGAAACUGGGUCUGGUAAAACAUUGGCAUUUCUUAUACCGUUGUUGUCAUGGAUACAGUCAUUACCAAAAAUCGAGCGUACAGAGGAUUGUGAUCAAGGCCCGUAUGCAAUUAUUUUAGCUCCGACACGUGAGUUAGCGCAGCAGAUAGAAGAAGAAACCUUGAAAUUUGGCCAGCCACUCGGUAUCCGCACAGUGGUCGUGGUAGGAGGUUUAAGUCGUGAAGAGCAAGGAUUUAGGCUUAGGAUGGGUUGUGAAAUUGUGAUAGCCACGCCAGGUCGUUUGAUCGACGUUCUUGAAAAUCGAUACUUAGUUUUAAACCAGUGCACCUAUAUAGUUUUAGAUGAAGCCGAUCGGAUGAUCGAUUUAGGUUUUGAGCCAGAUGUACAGCGUAUUCUUGAAUACAUGCCGGUCACUAAUUUAAAACCUGACACUGACGAGGCAGAGGAUUCUAAGAUCAUUCUGGCCAACUAUAACACUAAAAAGAAGUAUCGCCAAACUGUGAUGUUCACCGCUACUAUGCCCCCUGCGGUCGAACGUCUCGCGCGAACUUAUUUACGACGGCCCGCCGUUGUGUAUAUCGGCAGUAUCGGUAAACCGGUCGACCGUGUUGAACAGAUUGUGCAUAUAAUGACUGAAAACGACAAACGGCGCAAACUUAUGGAAUAUCUGUCGAAGGGCAUCGAGCCUCCCAUCAUUAUUUUCGUCAAUCAAAAGAAAGGCGCCGACGUUCUGGCGAAGGGACUGGAAAAGUUGGGCCACAAUGCUUGUACUUUGCAUGGCGGUAAAGGUCAAGAGCAGCGUGAAUAUGCGUUGGCAAGUCUUAAGUCCGGUACUAAAGAUAUCUUGGUGGCAACAGAUGUCGCCGGUAGAGGUAUCGAUAUUAAAGAUGUCUCUAUGGUUCUUAACUACGAUAUGGCUAAAACAAUAGAAGAUUAUACACAUCGUAUAGGCCGUACUGGUCGUGCUGGCAAGACUGGUAUUGCAGUAAGCUUUUGCACGAACGACGAUUCAGCACUAUUUUACGAUUUGAAACAAAUGGUUUUGUCAUCUCCUGUCUCUACUUGUCCUCCAGAGCUUAUGAACCAUCCUGAAUGCCAAGUGCGUCCUAAUCAACCUAAACGGCGACGUGAUGAAAUGAUUUUUGCAUAGGAAUUGUAGUAUAAUGAAGUAUAUUGAAUGUUAAUCACUUUUUUUUUUAUGUAAUAUAGAGCAAAAGAUAGAGGAACAUUGUUUACUCUAAAAAUGUAUACUUUUUGAAUAGGCAAACAGUGAAUGUCUCUUUAAUAAAAACACAUGCAAAUGCAAAA